GGCGGAUCUCCCCAGACCCUAUGAUGGCCUUGCUGCAGGGCUGAGUUCAGUCCCGGUUUACAGGCUAAGAAGGAACCCAGCAUUCUGACUUGGUGAAGCAUAAAGUUUUCUUCUGUCUCAUUUCCCGCAUCUGCCUGGCCACCCUUAACAUCGCAGAGGAGGAGCGACUAAGACCACAGACUGCUUUUCUAAGAGAUAAAGCCGGGCACAGAGAGAAUGAGCAGGCUGCCUGGGGAACGCGAGAACCUCUUCUGGAGGGGAGAGGUUAGAAAGCGCACACGGAUUCCUAGGCCAGGAGCUACCGCAUCCUCCGGCUCCAGCAGAGCGCCGCACCGCACCCGGAGCCCACUCACUGCAGCUGGGAUUCCGGGAGAGGAAGGUGGGACCGGAGGAGGUGGAAGGAUGCUCACGGUGCCGGCCGUAUUGUGUGUGUGUGCAGCCGCUUGGUGCAGCCAGGCUCUCGCAGCCGCCGCGGCAGUGGCUGCGGCCGGGGGGCGGUCGGACGGCGGUAAUUUUCUGGAUGAUAAACAAUGGCUCACCACAGUCUCUCAGUACGACAAGGAAGUCGGACAGUGGAACAAAUUCCGAGACGAAGUAGAGGAUGAUUAUUUCCGCACGUGGAGUCCAGGAAAACCCUCCACUCAGGGUUUAGAUCCAGCUAAAGAUCCAUGCUUAAAGACAAAAUGUAGUCGCCAUAAAAUAUGUAUUUCUCAAGAUUCUCAGACUGCAGUCUGCAUUAGUCACCGGAGACUUACGCACAGUAUGAAAGAAGCAGGAAUAGGUCAUAAGCAGGAGAAGGGGCUCACAUCGCCACCCUGCAGUCAGUGCCCGAUGGUCUACACCAGCCCUGUGUGUGGUUCCGAUGGUCAUUCCUACUCUUCCCAGUGCAAACUGGAAUAUCAGGCAUGUGUCCUAGGAAAGCAGAUCUCAGUCAAAUGUGAAGGACUCUGCCCUUGUCCUGAACAUAAAUCCACAAGUACAAGCAGGAAUGUUAAGAGAGCGUGCAGUGACCUGGAAUUCAGGGAAGUGGCAAACAGAUUACGGGACUGGUUCAAGGCCCUUCAUGAAAGUGGAAGCCAAAACAAGAAGAUAAAACCAUUACUGAGGCCUGAAAGAAGCAGGUUCGAUACAAGCAUUUUGCCAAUAUGCAAGGACUCACUUGGCUGGAUGUUUAACAGACUCGAUACAAACUACGACCUGCUGUUGGACCAGUCAGAGCUAGGCAGCAUUUACCUUGAUAAGAAUGAACAGUGCACUAAGGCGUUCUUCAAUUCUUGUGACACAUACAAGGACAGUUUGAUAUCAAACAAUGAAUGGUGCUACUGCUUCCAGAGACAGCAAGACCCACCUUGCCAGACGGAGCUCAGCAAUAUUCAAAAGCGACAAGGGGUAAAGAAGCUCCUGGGACAAUACAUCCCCCUGUGUGACGAAGAUGGUUACUACAAGCCAACACAAUGCCAUGGCAGUGUCGGGCAGUGCUGGUGUGUUGACAGAUAUGGAAACGAAGUAAUAGGAACCAGAAUCAAUGGUGUUGCCGACUGUGCUAUAGAUUUUGAAAUCUCUGGAGAUUUUGCAAGUGGAGACUUGCACGAAUGGGCUGAUGAUGAAGGUGAGGAGGAAGACGUGAUGAAUGACAAAGAGGAGAUUGAAGAUGAUGAUGAGGAUGAAGGGGAUGACGAUGAUGAUGAUGACGAUCAUGAUGGAUACAUUUGAUCAGUGAGGCCUGAG